CACAGAGGGUACAGACGCAAAGCUCGGGCUGAGCCCAAGAAAAGGCGCAGGUCCCUCAAACCUGCCUGGCUGCGUCUCAGCGUGAAGGAGCUCUCCUGCGCCCACCUGGCGGCCCUGCAGGCAUCCGACUGUUAGGCUCAGUGCUGGAGAUUCUGAAACUCCCAGGCCAAAGAACUGGCACACCUGUUGACGCCGUGGUUGAGAGAACCCUCUGCCUUUUCCCUGACAAGGAAAGAUGUCAAAUGGGCACUCCUCCGACAAGAGUUUUCGCUAUCUCAUCUCGUGCUUCAGGGCCAGAGUGAAAAUGUACAUCCAGGUGGAGCCUGUGCUGGACUACCUGACCUUUCUGAGCGGAGAAGUCAAAGAGCAAAUUCUGAGGACAGCUGCCACCCAUGGAAACACCCCUGCGGCCGAACUGCUUCUCAACACGUUGGAGAAGGAGGCCUGGCCCCUGGGCUGGACUCAGGAGUUUGUGGAAGCCCUCAGGAGAGCAGGCAACCGCCUAGCUGCCCGCUAUAUGAACCCUGAGCUCACCGACUUACCCUCCCCAUCCUUGGAGACUGCUCAUGAUGAAUGUCUGCAGUUGCUGAACCUUCUUCAGCCCACCUUGGUGGACCGGCUCCUGGUUAGAGAUGUCUUGGAUCAGUGUGUGGAACAGGAGCUGUUGACAACUGAAGACAGAAAUCGGAUUUCUGCUGCAGAAAAUAAUGGAAAUGAAUCUGGUGUAAGAGAGUUACUAAGGAGGAUUGUACAGAAAGAAAACUGGUUUUCUGCUUUUCUGAACAUCCUUCACCAAACUGGAAACAAUGAGCUUGUCCGAGAGUUAACAGGUGUUGUUUGCUCAGAAAAAGAUGCAGAGAGUGGGCAGUUGUCACAUGAUGAAGGUCCUGAAAUAAAUGAGCCCCUUCCUUCAGCUUCAGAUAAGCCAAAUGGAGAAGGGCAGCGCAGCCUGGAGAAUAGUGCAUUGGAGUCAUCCUUGGCAGUCUCUUCUGAGGUUUCAGAAUCAGACACAAGUUUGGCAGAAGGAAGUGUCAGCUGCUUAGAUGAAAGUCUUGGACAUAACAGCAACAUGGGCAGUGAUUCAGGCACCAUGGGAAGUGAUUCAGAUGAAGAGAAGGUGGCAGAAAGAGCCUCCCCUGAGCCAGAACUACAGCUUAGGCCUUACCAAAUGGAAGUUGCCAAACCAGCCUUGGAAGGAAAGAAUAUAAUUAUCUGCCUGCCUACAGGAAGUGGGAAAACUAGAGUGGCUGUUUACAUUGCCAAGGACCACUUGGACAAAAAGAAGCAAGCAUCGGAACUUGGGAAAGUUAUAGUACUGGUCAAUAAGGUAAUACUGGUAGAACAGCUCUUUGACAAAGAGUUCAAACCAUUUUUGAAGAAAUGGUAUAAUAUUAUGAAAUUAAGUGGUGAUACUCAACUGAAAAUAUCAUUUCCAGAAGUUGUCAAAACCUAUGAUGUCAUUAUCAGUACAGCUCAAAUCCUUGAAAACUCCCUCGUAAACUUGGAAAACGGAGAAGAUGCUGGUGUCCAGUUGUCAGACUUUUCCCUCAUUAUCAUUGAUGAAUGUCAUCACACCAACAAAGAAGCUGUCUACAACAACAUCAUGAGGCGUUAUUUGAAACAGAAGUUAAAAAACAAUAGCCUCAAGAAGGAAAACAAACCAGUAGUUCCCCUGCCUCAGAUCCUAGGACUCACAGCUUCUCCUGGCGUUGGAGGGGCCAAAAAUCAAGCAGAAGCUGAAAAACACAUUUUGAAAAUAUGUGCCAAUCUUGAUGCAUUUACCAUUCAAACAGUAAAAGAUAAUCUUGACCAACUCAAAUGUCAAGUAAAGGAGCCAUGCAAGAAGUUUUCAAUUGCAGAUGACACAAGGGAAUAUCCAUUUAAAGAAAAACUUCUAGAAAUAAUGACAAGGAUUCAAACCUACUGCCAAUUGAAUCCAAUGUCAGAGUUUGGAACUCAGACUUAUGAGCAAUGGGCCAUUCAAAUGGAGAAAAAAGCUGCUAAAGAAGGCAAUCGCAAAGAUCGGGUCUGUGCAGAACACUUGAGGAAGUACAAUGAAGCCCUCCAAAUUAAUGACACAAUCCGAAUGAUUGAUGCCUAUAAACACCUUGAGUCUUUCUACACUGAUGAGAAAGAAAAGAAGAUUGCAGCUGCAGAAGAAGACAAUGAUGAAAGUGAGAAUGAUGACAAACAGGAGGGCAAUUUAAAGAAACCUUUGAAACUCGAUGCCACCGACAUAUUUCUCAUCAAUUUAUUCUUUGAAAACAAGAACAUGUUGAAAACAUUGGCUGAAGACCCAAAAUAUGAAAAUGAAAAACUCACCAAGUUAAGAAAUACUAUAUUGGAACAAUAUACUAAAACUGCUGAAUCCAUUCGGGGAAUAAUUUUCACAAAAACAAGACAAAGUACAUAUGCUCUUUCCCAAUGGAUUGCUGAAAAUGAAAAAUUUGCAGAAGUGGGAGUUAAAGCCCACCAUCUGACUGGAGCUGGACAUAGCAGUGAGUUCAAGCCUAUGACACAGAAUGAACAAAAAGAAGUCAUUAGGAAAUUUCGCACUGGAAAAAUAAAUCUGCUUAUCGCUACCACAGUAGCAGAAGAAGGUCUGGACAUCAAAGAAUGUAAUGUCAUUAUCCGUUAUGGUCUCGUCACGAAUGAAAUAGCCAUGGUCCAGGCCCGUGGUCGAGCCAGAGCUGAGGAGAGCACCUACAUAUUGGUUGCUCACAGUGGUUCUGGAGUGGUUGAACGUGAGACCGUUAAUGAUUUCAGAGAGAAGAUGAUGUAUAAAGCUAUUCACUGUGUUCAAAACAUGAAACCAGAAGAGUAUGCACAUAAGAUUUUGGAAUUACAGGUGCAAAGCAUAUUGGAAAAGAAAAUGAAAAUUAAGAGAAGUAUUGCCAAACAGUACAAAGACAAUCCAUCAUUAAUUACUUUUCUCUGCAAAAACUGUAGUGUGCUAGCCUGCUCGGGGGAAAAUAUCCAUGUAAUUGAGAAAAUGCAUCACGUCAAUAUGACACCAGAAUUCAAGGAACUCUACAUUGUAAGAGAAAACAAAGCACUUCAAAUGAAAUUUGCUGACUACCAAACAAAUGGAGAGAUUAUCUGCAAAUGUGGCCAAGCUUGGGGAACAAUGAUGGUACACAGAGGCUUGGAUUUGCCAUGUCUUAAAAUAAGGAAUUUUGUUGUUUUUUUCAAAAAUAAUUCAUCAAAGAAACAAUACAAGAAGUGGGUAGAAUUACCUAUCGCAUUUCCUGAUCUUGAUUAUUCAGAGUAUUUGUUCAGUGUUGAGGAUUAGUAUUUGAUUUAAUUUAAUAUUAAAAUAUCAACAUUUUAACAUUUAAUAUGAUUCUGAUCAGUGUUUUCAUACUAUUGAACUGUGAAAAUUAAUAUAACUACUAUUUAAUAAAACUGUUUUGCAUUUUA